AUGCAGUUUAGGCAUGGUCCUAGUAAGCCAAAGACAACAACAAAAACUGUUUCACAUGCUACUAUGGUAAGACAACAGGACAGUAAGCCAUCUUGUCAAGUAUGUUCAUUACCACAUAGCAUAUACAAAUGUUCCAUGUUCAUGAAAGCUAGUGUCGAAGAACGACGAACGUUAGCUCUGAAGUUAUCACUGUGUUGGAACUGUCUGCGUCCAGGCCAUCAGAAAAAACAAUGUACUAUGGAUAAAGUGUGUAAGGUAUGUCAAGCGAAACACCAUACGUUGUUACAUUUACCUGAAUCCACGGUAGACAAUAGUAACGUGAACACACCUCCGGCACCAUCAUCUACAACCGUUGAAACCAUAGCAGCCCAUGGAAAGUCACGUUCACUGUCAUCAGUACUUCUGUCUACGGCGUUGGUACGUGUACAUGGACCUAAUGGACGAAAUGAACUGUGUCGUGCGCUGUUGGACUCUGCUUCACAAUCACACUUUAUUACUAGCUCAUUAGCUACUAUAGGUUAG